CGCCAAAGCAGUGCAGGAUUAACUGCGAGCGAUCGUCCGGCACGCCGCUUCAUCACCCUUCCCUCUCCCGCCGUCCACAUCCCGAGACGCAAGCAUGGCUGCCGCCGCUGCUCCGAUGCCGCCGCACUAUUUACAGUAAACAACAAUACCCACUCCCCACUCCCUCCUUCCUCCUCCUCCCCCCUCGCCCCAAGAACUCGUGCUCCCUCCCCAUCCUCCCAUCCACUCGCCGCACGCACGGGGGGUGGUCUGUUGUCCCUCGAGUCUCUGCCGUCCUCGCCGUGGGUUCCAACAAGAGCGGGGGAGACGCCGGAGAUGGGUUCUUGCGCGUCGGUCCACAAGGACGACGUGGGGCUGCCCAAGAAGCAGCUGCUCGCCUCCUCGCCGCCGCCGUCCAAGGACACCAAGGCCGUCGACGGCGCCCCGCUAGGCGACGUGCUCGUCGACCUCAAGCGCAAGAUCGAGGGCUUCGGCCCCAGCAGGACCCCCGACUCCGGUAGCAAGGAUGAAAUGUUCUUCGAGUCCCAACCGUGGUUAGAUUCUGACUGUGAGGAUGACUUCUACAGUAUAAAUGGAGAUUUCACUCCGUCCCGUGGCAGCACUCCGGUCCAUCAACCCAGGGCGCAGACCGUGAUGAGCAACGUCUUUCUACCUGACAAUGCCGCGCACAGCCCCAAUUCAUCAGAGGCUUCACCAACCGGCCGAAGAAAACUAGCCGACCUCCUGCAGGAGGCGACGCGGAACGACACGGGAGAGGCCGCCGCCGCCGCCGCCGCUGCAGAGCCAGACAGCAGCAAGAGCGGACAGCAGGCCGUCGCCCCAGCAGCUGGGAAGUCUGUGUCGGAGCCCAGCUCGGGCUGCAGCACGGAGCCGACGCCGGUGAGAGAAGCCAGGAUCCGGAAAGAGAGGGCCUGGUACUCCGGCCGCUGCUGCCUGCCAACCUUCGUCCACAGCCUGGCCGCCCUAGACGACGAGGGGCGGCAGAAGACGGGCCCCGGGCCCUGCGCCGUCUGACUGACGGUCGACGACGAUUCCCGCUCCGAGCUGUAUCUACGAGUAUGAUAUACUACGACUACCUGAUCCAGCCCCUGAAUCGAGCUACUGUAAAGAUGGCGAGAGUGCUGAGAGUGCUAUAUAUAUAAAUAUGCUUGUAAUAAUCAAGCGAAUAGUCCACUCCAGGGAGUUCAUCUGGAACCCUACCUAGCUCGGGAAAAUGCUUCGGCCUGUGCAUAACUUUAAUCCUGUUGCCUGCCUCUGAUCUGAGUCUCCGAUUGAUCUCUCUCCAUGGACAUGUUUUCCAGUUGCCAGCAAUUGGCCACAAAAGAAACUGGCAUGAUGCCUCUGUGUGUA